GGUGCAGCACCGGCGGGGCCGCCAUGGCCGCCACGGCCGGGAGCCGCACGCACAAGAUCGGCAGCGUGUUCAGCCGGGCGCGGAGCCUGGUGCGCGUGGGGCUGCUGGAGAAGCCGCUGUGGCUGGACGUGUACGCCGCCUUCCCGCCGCUGCGGGAGCCCGUGUACCGCGUGCCGCGGCCGCGCUACGGCACCGAGCAGCGCGUCCGGGCCGUGCUCUACCGGGAGGACACCGUGCGGGCGAGGUUUUACAAAGUUUAUGGCAACGGCCCCAAACCUUUCGAGCUGACCCAGUUAAACUUCAAAUCGACCUGCCAGAGGUUUGUUGAGAAAUACAAUGAGCUGAAGGAAGAAGGGAAAAUUGAAGAGGAGAAGUUGUUUGAAGAAACAGGAAAAGCCCUUCUGGCCAGUGGGAUCCUUUUACAGAGAAGAGGAGUAGAUAAAGUGGCCCAGCAGGGCGCUGGAUCCAGGGAUCCUGCCUGGCAGCCCCAGCCCCAGGCUGUGCUGCAGGAGAAGAGGAAGGACGGGGAGGAGCAGCCCCCAGAGCUGGCAGGGACACAGAAGGAGGAUCCCCGUCCCUCCUGACAGCCCUGCUGAGCCUGUCACCUGCCAGGAGCCACCCUCCAGCCCUCUCUGGGGACACUUCCCUCAGGGACAGGAUCCUGCUGCCCUCCAGGCCUGUCCAUGGCACACAUGUUCCCCUCUGUCCAGCUCCACAUUGACAAAGCCACAGAUAAUCUUAUUUUUUUGUUUUUUAUUAGGGCUCACAACUGUUUUCCGAACUCAAGUUGGAAAAUACCGAGUGUAAAAGUGGAAAAUUAAAACAUUGUCAUGAAAAACUGGAA